GCGAGAGCCACACAUCCUCCAAAGCCUCCACGAAAAAGAUGGCGCUCUCCAAGCACCUCGUCGCUCUGUUCUUCGCCUUCGCUGUCGUGGCCGCUGCAUUGCAGCCGUCCGAUGCCAGGCCCCAAGGAUUCGAGGAAGAAGCCGACCAAUCCAAAGCUGCCACCACUGCCAAUGGAGGCGCCCCGCCGGGACUUCCAUCGUUCCCCGGCCUGCCGUUGCCCCAGAUCCCCGGCUUCACGCUGCCAUUGCCACAGAUUCCUGGCUUCCCUAACCUUCCACCAUUGUUCCGCUUCCCUUUGCCGCCGCUGUUCGGGCCACGCCCCGGCGCGCCGGGCGCUCCGCCAUCUCGACCAUUGCCUAACUUGCCACACUUUCCAUCAAUCCCCGGCUCGCCAGGCGCUCCGCCGUUUCACUUGCCCGGUCUGCCAACGACGCCGGUGCCGCCACCACCGGCUGAGUGCCUAACGCCGUUGACGGGCAUGGCACUGUGCAUGGACUACCUCACCAACCUUACGGUGACGACGCCCCCGAGCGGGUGCUGCGACGGUCUCAAGUCCGUCAUUACAAAGGCGCCGAUCUGCCUCUGCCACGGCAUGAACGGCGGCAUGAGCAAACUCGCCCCAAAGCCCAUCGAUCCGAUCCGUAUGCUUAUCCUGCCGGCCAGAUGCGGCACCAUGAUACCGAUUCAGACGUUGUUCUCGUGCGCAACUACACACCUGCCGCCACUGACGCCUCCUACCUCCCCAGCGGCACCAACACCUCCUACUUCUCCCGCCACGCCCGCGCCGCCAGUGGUGUCUUCUGGAUCACCAGCGCCUGCUAGUUCUUCCGUCUCACUGCCUUGAGAAGUAUCACCAGAGUAGCAGGAGGAGGAUGGAUCGUCGACGGUUUCGUCAAGAAUAGAUGUCUAGAUAUAUAGUCAGAAUACAGUUCUCAGGAUAAGAUACCAUCGUUCAGGAGUUUAAUUAGCUAGGGAGUCGUAUGUUUUACCUUAUGCUACUUUAUCACAAGUAUAGUCAUGUAAAAUCUCCGGUGCAUGAUGUAAUUGUCAAUGGCCGGAUAUUAAUAUACUCAAUGUUUAGUGAA